AUGGUGAGGGCGAGGCCGCAGGUUGUGGCGAUGGGGCGGCACUGCAGUGCAAAGGGUACAGAGAUGGAACUCUUUGGACUUAACUGGAAUAGAAUCUCAAACUUCAUAGCCACCAAGACUGCAGGACAAGUGCGAAGCUUCCACAAGAAAUGGGCAGAGACUAUGAAUGUAAUUCAAGAAUCAGAGAGCUUGGAGCAUUCCUACGUUUUAAUGCAUGUUGAUCCUGGUUGCAUUACAACAGACCUGGAGGAUCCACUGGGACUCAUUGAGACGGCAACUACGACUGUUACAACCACCCCCUUGUCACCGAAGAGAAGCAGGAAUGCACUCGGAGAAAGUAAGAAGACCCUUGGUAUUGAUGAUGACGCUCAGGAUUUUGAUUCGUCUGUUGAGGUUUUUGUUCCUUCUGUGGGCGAGGAGUGGGUGAUCGAAAGCGAUGGAAUGCAGAACUGCAUGAAGAACGUCGCCAGUUCCCCCAAGAAAGACCGAAAGAAAAGUAAAAAACUCAAGCUCACUAUUGGACUAAACGGGGUGAAUCAGGAGGUUGUUAGUAGGCAAGUAAAGUCGCCAACAAAGGAGAGUGAGAGUCUCCCGAAGAAAAGUCCUGCACCAUUCGUGGAGGGUCAGGUUGUUCAUAUAGUGAAAGAUGACAUGGAAGAAAGAAGUCUCCAAGUACCUCAGUGACCCAGCAAGAAAAUAAUAAAGAAAUUACCAGUGAGGAAGUAGCGGAAACUGUGGAAUGUAAGAGUUUACAACCAGUGAAAGAAGGCUAUGGUACAGAAAGUAGGAAACAGUUGGUGUUCAACUUUUCACCUCCAGCUCAAGAAUAUGAAAUGGAUAUGAACACCAUUACUGAAGAAGAAAAGAAAGUGCAUUUUGAGUACUUUGACAGCAGAGGUGUCAAGACGCCCGAGAGGUAUUUGAAGAUUCGGAACUACUUGCUGGGUUUUUGGAAGCAAGUGAAACCAAAAUAUGUUAGAAAAACAGCAGUUCGUGCGGGUCUGAAGAACUGUGGUGAUGUAAAUUCCAUUGGGAAAGUGCACGAGUACCUUGAGAAAAUUGGAGCAAUAAAUUUUGGGUGUCCAGAGAGUAAUUAUGGCACUCCUUUAAUUGUUGGAGUGAAACAGAAAGAAAAGGUAGCCAUUCCGAGCAAACCGGUGACCAAAGUAGACAGAUCGGAAGUGACGCGCCAGAAGCAGAAAAAGAAGUGGGACGUUUCCAUGAGUGAAGGAGGAGGCCUUACCAUCAGCCAUGACGAAUCUGGGGCAAUUGUCGACGCCUGUCAUAUCCCUGAGGCUCCUCGGAAUAGGGCCAGUCUGGGAGCUGGGAGGAGUGGAGGCCGGCUUGAGCAGUUUAAGCUCGUCCGCUGUUUGGAACACGACCCAGAUACACCAGCUCCAUUCUCUGUUGUCAUGCAUGCACAUGCGCUUAUUACUCUUGAUAUUCACGCUCACACUUCCUUAGCAGAAGUAAUGGGUUUGUUAGGUGGAUAUUAUGAUCCGGCCGCCCAUAUGUUGCAUGUGACAGUUGCAGUCCCCACGAAGGCUGUGAGCUCAGGUGUGGAAUGUGACAUGUGUCCUGUGUCGCAGAGUGCGGCCUGCACCGCCAUACAUGAAGGUGGAGUGCAGGUUGUAGGCUGGUAUCACUCCCACCCGACUUUCCCGCCCAACCCCUCGGUGCAGGACGUAGAAACCCAGUCUCAGAUGCAGCAGUGGUUCGCCCGCCAAGAUGCCCCAUUCCUUGGCAUUAUUGUGAGUCCCUAUUGCCCCACCAACCGGAGUGAGGCUUCUCAGAUCAGAUGUAUCGUGCUAGACAAACCGCCCCACGAAAAUGCUGGCAACGCGGAAGGAGGAGCAGCAGCACCGCUGUCCGGGACGCCGUACAAACUCUCGUGGUCCGUCAGCGAAGUGAUUCCAGGGGCGUGGGGGGAAGUGUGCCAGGGCAUCAGGCUAGUGGUCGGCGGCGCGAGAGAGGACGGGAUGGCUGUCGAGUGGCGGGGGGAAUGGCGGGGACAAGUGACCAACUGGGAGAAGGCGAUAGCGUCCCUCAAACACCAUCUACCUCCUCAUCUGUAUGGGCCGCUGCAGGCCGUGCGCACUACCUUCCUCGCUGCUGUGAGAGAGUAUAUGGAUAGCUAGUUUUGCGAUUGGCUUUAGAAUAGUGUGAGUCGCGUCUGUUCUCGAUUAUGUGAUGGCUUCGUUAUAUAUAUAAGAUGAUGACACACUUCACAUCUUCCUUGCGAUAUGUUACAAGACACUCAACAGGAGUUACCAAAUACAGUAUGUGAUGUAAUGUAUAUUUACAUUCAAAGGGAAUUGUUGUUUAAUUUCACUUCGUUCUACAAGUAAGCUUGAAAUUUGUAUAUACAGAAUUUUAUGUACCUGAUAUUGUCAAUAAAUAUACUAAUCAGCA